UCACCUAAGCAGCGGAAUUCACCAGCAGAUACACCAUGGGUGAAAAGAAAAGUUCUGUCGCAGACCGUUUUGCUCCUCAUGCUCUUGAUGUAGAAGAGUCGAAACGGCUGUCGGCGAUUUACCAUGCAAACGGGCCUUACAAUCAUGUCGUUAUCCGUCCUCUUAUAGACGACACCUUGCUUCGUAAUGUUCGCAAGGAGAUUAUGGAAAACAUCCACUUCACGGAAAAGGUAACGGACAUUUAUCGGAUUUGGCAGACAGGUGAUCUGGCAAAUUUAGAUGGGUUGGAUGCCAAGGAACAAAAAAUGUUGCAUUACUUGCACGAAUUGCGGGAUGCUUUGUACUCAGAGGAAUUCCGUGCACAUGUGCAACGGAUUACCGGUUGUGGUCCGUUAUCUGCUUCCAAGAAGGACUUGGCAGUGAAUGUCUACACUCGUGGAUGCCACCUAAUGAACCACGAUGAUGUGAUUGGAAGUCGGUGCAUCUCUUACAUUCUCUACUUGGUUGAGCCGGACGAGGGCUGGAAGCCUGAGUACGGUGGUGCUUUACGCUUGUUUCCCACUUUAGAGCCUUCUUUCCCUGCCGCAGAUUAUUGCCUUUCCAUUCCUCCUCAGUGGAAUCAGCUUUCUUUCUUCCGUGUCAAACCAGGACACUCCUUCCACGAUGUGGAAGAAGUGUUCGUCGACAAACCACGCAUCUCCGUUUCUGGUUGGUUUCACUACCCUCAACCUGGCGAACCUGGUUACGAUCCUAUGCAGCAAGAUUCGACAAUUUCAACGUUGCAGUCACUUUCCAUGAAACGUAUGGACCUUGAACUACCAAAAAGUGUUCCGCACACCGUUGCACGUCCUGCACCUCUUUCUGAAAAGGAUCUAGCGGUAUUAAAAAAGUAUAUAAAUCCCCUGUAUAUUAGUGAGGACGGCAUUGAAACCCUCUCAAAGCAGUUCUUCAAAGACUCAGCCAUUGUUCUCGUGAAUUUCUUGAACGACGACGCUGCUGAAGCCGUGCGCCGCCGUGUUGUUGAAGCAGAGAGUCAACCCACACCUAUGAACUCGUCAGAGGUGUCUUAUCCUUGGCAAACCGCGAUCCCUCCUCAUAAACACAGAUACCUUUAUGUGGACCAUGAUGAAUCUGGUCCGGAGGCCAUCCUGCCCAUGGAAUUACAAAGACUCCCUGCAUUCCAACGCUGGAUUCAAAGAGUUAGUGGUUUGGCUGUUCGCUCAUUUACCCAAUGGGGCCGUCGUUUUCGCCCUUCUUCUGAUUUCACUCUUGCAACAUCAAACGACAAUCCAGUUCUUGAGUCUAAUCUGUGCCUCUCCCCCGGAACUCGCAUUGCCGAUACGAACAAUGGCGCCUACGAUGUAUACAUGCUCGGCGACGAGGACCCUGAUGAGGACGCCGCUGUAUAUAAGGGUAGUGAGCAAGAAGAUAGCAUUUUGCUUUCCCUGCCAGCUUCUUGGAAUGUCUUUUCUCUCGUUUAUCGUGACGAGGGAGUCCUACAGUUCAUUAAGUAUGUUUCUCGUGAUGCUGGUUCUAGCAGAUGGGAUAUUUUUGCUCAAUGGAAUCCUGCCAACGAGUAAAGCAUUGCUGGUGCUUCCGUUGCUUGACCGGAUUUAAUACCACGUACAAGUUUUUCUGAGAAGUUGCGUUUCGAAGGACUCUAAUAGUUUUUGUUCGGAUUGAACAAACUAUGUGUUUCUUUUAGAAUUCUGAAUGAAUUCAUUGACCUUGGCUCUUUCCCUUUAAAGAGUCAAAGUUCUGUUAUUAUAGGAACAUUACUCUCUCCCGACCUGUCUUCUCUAAUGCUUUGGUUAGGAACUACAGUUAGCAUUAGUUCUACGCUUGUUGUAACUUUAACAGACAUUAAGGGAAAGCAGAAAUGCGAAUAAAAUUUGUAAUUUUUUUUAUAAGAUGUUCAUUAAAUCAUGAAGAAACUACAAAGAUUGAUAGUAGCGUAAGCCGUCAAUGAUGACUUGACAG